GUGCGCAGCAAAGAUCAGUCUGAAUAAACCGCUCAGUGUAAUCAGUUCCCAAUAUCUUGCUGAUAUCGAUUCAAAAAACGGCAAUCUUAUCAUGAUAGAAUUUCUGCUCUCUAUAUUAGCGGCGGCGGUUGCACUGGUAAAGUUCACAAUUUCGAGCAAAUUACUCAAAAUAUUCCCUCCUCCGGUUCGGCCAAUCGUGAAAAUUAGUGAGGGAAAGCUUCGUGGAGUAACUGCGACACUUCCAAAUGGAUCGGCGUAUCACUAUUUCAAGGGAGUCCCUUAUGCGAAAGCUCCGGUGGGAGAACUUCGUUUCCGUCCACCAGUGCCGAUUGGAAAAUUCUACAAACCCGUAGUCGACUGUUUGGUUGAUCGCAGUGCUUGUAUGCAACAAAUGGGUCGGUUUAUCGUGGGGAAAGAAGAGGGUCUUUUUCUAAACGUGUUUACGCCGGGCUUGCCAGUCAAUGGAGACUCAACGACUCAGUUUCCAGUCAUGGUGUGGAUCCACGGAGGAGGAUUCUAUAGUGGCAGUGGAGGCAGCUUCGUUUACAAUCCUCUUCAUAUGGUACAGGAAGGGGUCGUUGUCGUUACAAUGAAUUACCGUCUCGGACCGUUGGGUUUCUUGUGUUUACCCGAAGCUGGCAUUGAAGGGAAUGCUGGAUUGAAAGAUCAGUUACUUGUGUUCAAAUGGGUGAAGCAAAAUAUUUCCCGAUUUGGAGGUGAUUCUGAAAACAUUACUGUGUUUGGAGAAAGUGCUGGCAGCAUGUCAGCAUAUUUGCAUUAUCUUUCACCCAAUUCGAGGAAAUACUUCCACAAAGUUAUUUGCCAAAGUGGUGUUGCUUGCUCAGAAUCGUUCUUUCAACAAGAUCCAGCUAACAAGGCUCGAAAGCACGCACAAAUGUUUGGAUAUGAUGGAAAUGAUGAUACUAAAGUGCUUGACACACUUCGUAAGACGCCGGCAAAACUGCUCAUAAAACACCAGACCGAAGUUGGAACUGAAACCGAGAGACGCCUUGCAUUACAAAUGUAUUUCAGACCGGUCAUAGAAGAUGUCCUCACAGAAGACAGCAUCAUCACCGAACCACCAGAGAAAAUUUUGAAAUCUUUCGAUACCAUUCGAAUGCCCUUGAUCAACGGCUGCACAGAUGGCGAAGGGAUUCUCGGAAUAUGGUUGGUACGGAAGCGACUGAAUGAUUUCGCCCAAGAUCCGGAACGCCUUGUUCCACAACUUUUGGGCAACCCUCCAAGCCUUAAUAAGACGGAAGUUGGCAAAGAGGUACGCCAGUUCUACUUUGGAAACAAACCGAUUGGAGAAAAGUCGUUCGAUGAGCUUUGUGACGUUCUGUCUGACAACAUUUUCGUAACCAACACGAACUUGAGCGCCGAAUGGAUAGCCAAAUAUCAGCCCAACGUGAAGCAGUAUCACUAUCGGUUUUGCUUUGAUGGAAAACUAGGUUUCACGAAAAAGAUUUUCAAUUUGAGUCACGUUAAAGGAGCCUGUCAUGGAGACGAUUUAUUCUACUUGUUCCAGUCUAAAAUGUUGCCUAAACUCUCUGACUCGAGUGACGAGUAUCGCGUAGGAAGGACAAUGGUGCGAAUGUGGACUAACUUUGCCAAGUAUAGCGAUCCAACUCCGGAUAGAGAUGAUCAGUUGCUUCCGUUCAAGUGGACUACCGUCAAAAACUACGACAGACAUUCCGAACAGUUCGACUUGGAUUCGUUGAAAAUCGACGUGACAUGUGAGAUGGAAAAUAAUCCUUGUAAAGAUCGCAUGGAUUUGUGGAGAGGAUACUUUAAAAAAUAUAGAGAGGGUUAUUUGUAUGACAUAUAAUCAAAUUAUUGAAAA